AUGUCAAUUAUGGAGGAAGGACGAACAGGUUUCCAUACAGUCGAAGAACCACAUCCCACGAAACUAGUUGAAGAAGGGGCACUGGUGACGGUUGAUGAUCUGCGCCGCGCGGUGCCAGAGUACUGCUUUGAGCCGAACCUUUUCUUGUCAUUCUACUAUCUUUUUCGCGACCUCUUCUACUCAGCUGUUCUUACGUGCGCCCUAUACAAGCUGCUACACACACCUGCAGUGCUACAAUCUAACUGGUUAUAUUAUAGCGUUGUCAAUGUCUAUGGCGUCUGUCAGGGCCUCGUCUGGACAGGCCUGUGGGUGAUUGCUCAUGACUGUGGCCACAGUGGCUUUUCGCGCUGGAGUGCACUGAACGACACAGUUGGCUUCAUUUUACAUUCCUGGUUCUUUUCUCCCUACUUCUCGUGGAAGUCCACUCAUCGAAGACACCACAUAUAUGCCAACCACAUCACAAAAGAUCUCAACUACGUCCCACCGUUGCGGCACCAAUACGCCGAGAAGAUUAACGCCGCAGCUGAGACCUUAGAAGAGAUAGGUCAAGACGCCCCAAUAGUGCUUUUUAUCCGCAUCCUACUUCAACAAGCCAUUGGUUGGAACUGGUAUAUGUUGACUAAUAUAACCUGUCCCCCCACUGCCGUGGUGAAGAAAGACAUGUCGGUUUGGCGACACAGCCAUUUUGAUCCUUGGGGCGCGCUUUUCUUUCCAUCAGAGUGGCCUUCGAUUAUCAUGUCCGACCUCGGCUGUCUAGGCACAAUGACCAUUCUGUACUUCAUGUAUCAAGCAUUUGGGUCCUUUGAAACUUUGUUUUGGGUUUACAUUGUCCCAUGGACAUGGGUGAACCACUGGAUAGUGAUGAUCACAUAUCUCCAUCAUACUCACCCUUCAGUACCCAAAUACUCCGACGAAUCAUGGACCUUCCUACGCGGUGCCACUGCCACUAUCGACAGAGACUUUGGUAUCAUUGGUACUCACUUCUUCCACCAUAUUUCCACUGACCAUGUCACUCACCAUCUAUUUUCUCGUAUCCCGCAUUACUAUAGCCCUAUAGCUAGCAAGGCUAUUAUUCCAUUGCUCGGGAAGCAUUAUCAUGGCCGUGGAGAUUUCAGCUACGAUGCCCUGUCUACCUCCUUUAGCCAGUGCCAGUGGGUUGAAGAGGAUGGCGAGAAAGAUGCAGCUUUUGGUUUGACCCCAGACAAGAAUCAGGACGGUCACAAAAGGAGUCAGGCAUUGUGGUACCGUGCCGGUCGGAGCCCGAUUCCCGAGUAUAAGAUGCGCGGGGCAGCCCUUUUUUGAUGGACCACAUACUCUCACAUUCAGGGAAUAAAAGACAUCAGUUUUCUAUUUAAUCCAUUCGUUCUUCAACGUUUGGUUUCCUUGGGCCUUUCUGACAUGGAAUAUAUGUUGGAACACGUUUGUCGGAUUAAGCCUACUAAGAUCUCGGUCAUGGAUACCUACAAUGAGAUGACAUAAUGAACCUAGUGGUGCUACUCAAUGCAUUACGAUGACGAAUUCGCAAACGACGGUUACUUUUCUGGUUUCCGAGAUGCAGCGCACGGGGUCAAGCCGAUCUAGCUUUUCCAAAGAGAAAAAGGAGGGGGGGAAGGAGAGAAAGCAAAAGGAUGAUAUUUAAAGGAUUUUUACUGGUGCUUUAAACCCUUUUAAAUUUAAAGUCGAUUCUUUUUAGAAUUUUCUGU